CUGACGUCACGUUGCACCCCAUAUGAAGUCCCCAUAUGCAAUCUGCGUUGAAGAGAGCUAGUUAGCUAUCCCCUAUGGCAACAACCUAUAAGGUCAUGUAACAAGAAACGUGGGUACCAGAAAUUAGUUUCGUGUUUAUGGUAGCGCCACGAGACCAUGACCUGACAUUGAAAUUGUCCUUCUUCACAUGAGAUAUUUCAUAACGUAAGUAGUUUUAACGCUACUUCAGGCUUUGGUCUAACCUUUUGCAUUUGUAAAUCGAAAGCCAUGAGCCCUGCCGCUUCAGCCCUUCCAAUCACCCCCGAAAAUGCCGGGAGCUCAGCUACAGUUACAGAAUCGUUUCUGCGACUUCUGAGCCAUGUGAAAGUCGAAAAUCUGGUGGCAGGAUUAAGCGGGGGAGUCGUAUCAACCAUGAUACUUCAUCCUCUGGAUCUGGUCAAAAUAAGAUUCGCAGUAACUGAUGGCCUUCAGGUGAGGCCUAAAUACAGUGGCAUAAUGAACUGCAUGAAGAGUGUCUGGCAUCAGGAGGGACUCCGCGGACUCUACCAGGGUGUAACGCCCAACAUCCUUGGAGCUGGAGCUUCGUGGGGACUGUACUUCUUCUUUUACACCGCUAUCAAAGGGUACACCAAGGAAGGUCGCCAGAGCGAGCUGAGUGCCACGGAACACAUGAUCUCGGCGGCGGAGGCAGGUGUAUUGACGCUGUUCAUAACCAACCCUAUCUGGGUCACAAAGACCCAACUAGUUCUUCAGUACAGCGCCGACCGCAGCAGGAAACAGUAUAAGGGCAUGGUGGACGCUCUCGCGAAAAUCUACAAGUAUGAGGGUAUUCCUGGACUGUACCGGGGGUUUGUGCCAGGCCUCUUUGGUACGUCCCAUGGUGCACUGCAGUUUAUGGCCUAUGAGGAGCUAAAGAGAGAUUAUAACAAGUACAGAAAUAAGGCUUCUGACGCCAAAUUGGAUCCGCUGGAGUACAUUGGAAUGGCGGCUCUAUCCAAAAUAUUUGCCGUAGCCACGACAUACCCGUAUCAGGUAGUCCGAGCGCGCUUACAAGACCAGCACAACAAUUACCGUGGGGUGGUCGAUGUCCUCAGGAGGACCUGGAGCAACGAAGGCCCGGUGGGUUUCUACAAAGGGAUGGUGGCCAACCUAAUCCGAGUCACGCCUGCCUGUUGCAUCACCUUUGUCGUGUACGAGAAUGUCUCGCGGCUACUCCUGGGCGUGAAGGAGUGAGCAGCAUUCGCCGUUGCCGUGGCGGUAGUAUGGAAUUCUCCAGAAGCCAGGCUCGUCCCGAGCGCGCCUCUGGUGAACCACUGAAGUCUGCGCUCCUGGACGGAUGUGUGGAGUGGCUUUGACGUGCAGCCAGUCAGGACGUGUGUGUGUGUGUGUGUGUGUGUGUGUGUGUAGCUCACAGAUCCCAUAGGAGUUGACAUGGCAGUUGACAUUUAACCAAAUCACAAUGCAGAGUGAAAGCAGUCUGCUGCGGAUUGACAGAUAUCAUCAUGAACAAGUAGACCCAUUUUGCCGCUCCACUACGCACAAAGUGUCUGUGGGAUAAGCACAUGCAUAGAGGGACACUGGGAUACUAUGGGGUGGGCUGUGUGUGUCUGUGUGCGUGCGCAUCUGUGCGUCGUGUGUGUGUGUGUGUGUGUACGGGCGUCUGUGUGUGUGUGCGUCUGUGUGUGUGCGUCUAUGUGUGUCUGUGUGUGUGUGUGUGUAUGAGGGGAGAGGUUGGGGUGUCACUGCAUGCUGUGUCUGCUGCCCUGACAAGAGGAAGUGAGGCUCUUUUGUGAAUCGCUAACAGGGGCAGUGUGGUGACAUAUCAAAGCAACGGCUCAAGGCGGCUGUUUCUCCGGGGAGCUUCAUGGAUUUUUCGGCAACCGAAAUCAUUUAAUGUCAUAUUAAAAAUGUAUGGACAUGGUUACUACUGUAAUAUUAUUGUUUCUUGGUGCAAGCAUCUCCAAAAAGGGAUGGCAGUGAGAAGAAUACAGAUUGUGGAAUUAAAUAUUCUAUAUUAAAUAAGAAUGAUGACCA